UUGAGUCUUUGCAGUAACAUUAAGACCAUCACAUCGGGAAUUGCGGUGUUAGCCUACCUAUUGCUUGGGGCUGGCGUAGGAUCGGCCUCCUUGCUUUACGGGAAUUGUGGAACAAGGAGACAAUCACCGAGAACGUGUCGAGGACUCUCAGGGAACCUUUUAAGCGUAUAUUCGAAUCCAUGGAUGGUUCAGCUGGUCUGUGAGCAAGAUAAGAUCUGUAGCGGUUCGCUUAUCACCUCUCGCUUUGUUUUGUCGGCUGCGCACUGCUUUUCGUGGGUGUUUCGAGAACCGUCUUAUGUCUGCGACAAGGUGCGUUUGGGCCAACAAAACACGGAUAACAGCCAGAAUACCCAAGUAAUUGAUAUCGAGAGAAAGAUAAUUCAUCCACAAUUCAACGUUGGAGAGACAUAUAAAAAUGACAUAGCUCUGCUUCGAUUGUCUCAAGAGGUCCAGUUUUCAGACUACAUUAAGCCGAUCUGCUUAUUCGCCCAUCAACAAGAGACAUCAUUUGUGGUCGCUAGCUGGCGUAAAACUGAAGAUGGAAAAAAAUCUAAUAGGCUGCAGGCAACCUCUGUAGACAAAGUUGUUCGGCAACUUUGCAACAAUUAUUUUUGGAUGGAUUUAGAUGAUGAAUCCCAGAUAUGUGCUCGCAGUUCAUACGAAGGUGUUUGUCCUGGAGAGCUCCAUUGAUCGCAGGGCAAAGCUACGAGGAAACUUAUAGGGUUUUCCUGUUUGGUAUUGCCAGCUUUGGAUCUCGUGAGUUCUCGUGCUCGAACAUUGGUAUUUACACAAAUGUUACGCAUUAUAUGAACUGGAUCAAGUCUGAAAUAGACAAAUAUUCAGAUG